AUGUUUGAUAUAGGAUAUGCUCUACGUGUAAUGAGAUUACUUUGGCGAUAUAAAGGAAAUAAAAAUUAUAAAAAUAUAUUGUCAGAAUCCAUAGUUAAAGGUCGAUGUUGGCCAAAUGAUCUUGAUUUAAAUUUUCAUAUGAAUAAUUCAAGAUAUUUACGUGAAUGUGAUUUUGGUCGUUAUUCAUUUUUCAUGGAAACAGGUUUAUGGAAUGCAUUUAUUCAACGUCGAGAAAAAGAUAUGAAAAAUGCAACUAUUCUUGUUAGUGCAUUACAAGUUCAAUAUCGUCAAAGCAUUAAAUUAGGUGAAAAAUUUCAAAUAGUAACACGUAUUAAUGGAUGGGAUGAUAAAGCAUUUUAUUUCGAACAAUCAAUGAUUAUGAAUAAAAAUCUUCAACCUGCUUUUUCAUUAUUAAUUCGAAUUGCUUUUCUUCCACGUUCUCUUACACCACAAAUCUUAGUUGAUGAUCUUUAUUUUGGAUCAAUUCAAUCACCUAAACUUUCACCAGCUGUUGAAAAUUUUAGACAAAAUUAUCAAUUAAAUUUUUCACCGAUUAAAUCAAAUCUUUAA